AUGCCAACCAUCAACACUCAUUCCGUCCAGAUUGCAUUGGAGGGCAUCCUCUGUGGUGAGCGCAAGAACUGGGACCACAAUAUGGCCGUGUUGCCCAGAUGGAUUCACAAGCUGGGCUCGGUUUACUACACGGCUUUGCUUGAGGACGAGCAGGUCAGGAAGUAUGGAUGGUUGUCCGGCCACCAGGGUGAGCGGCUCAGUCCUUCUGAGAUGCCAAAGCCCGUCCGCGAAAUUCUUAAACUUGCCUCUACCGGGCUCCGCAACCUCCGGGGGAUUACAGCCAAUCUCAAGGAAAUCAUCGAGCGGUCGGAAAUCACGUCCAACUUUAUCGAGCGGGCUACCUUUAGUCCAGAGAGGGACCCGUUGGUGGAUUCGAAAGGCCUCUUGGGGCUGCUGGGAGACAGAUGGAGAGGUGUGUGGUACUUUCUGAGGAAAUGGCGACGACGUACAACAGCUUUGGCGCUUGCCUUGAGCUCAUCCAUGACCGAUGAGCUCUACCUGAUGGACGAGGAGAAAAGGGAGUGGAUCAAAGAUGCCGCCCUACUCAGCAAGAUGAUCACCGUGGUCUACUACAACGUCCUGGCAGCUGUUGCCGAGCUCAAGAAAGUCUCGGAACUGCUCCAACCUGGACUCAGACUCAAGGGCGAACCUCUCGUGGAGCUGUACACUGAAGUCUUGAGCGCCCGGACCCGGUUGAAGGUCGCUCGGGAGCUGGCCAAGCUAUUCACCACGACGGUCGACUCCCUGGGCCCUCUGAUCGCCAAGCUGGAUUCGAUCGUCCAAGAUGGAGACAAGUCUUGGCGCACCCAAAUGCAGGGAGACCUUCGCCGGUUCACUGAGGUGUUUGAGGAGCGAAAGGACUACGCCGAGGACGCCGCCAAACAGCGCAGCGCCAAGAUCUGGCGCAACAUCCGCAAGUUUGUGCGGGAUUCGCAUGUUUCGGUCGAACCCUUUUAAGUGGAUUUGAUAUCUUGAUAGAGACGCGUUCAUUGAUGGGACGAUAUUAUUUCCGGC